GUCAGUUGGGAAAUCAACGAAUUGGUGCUAAAAAGGAUGAGUCACAAAUACCAAAACCGCCCCCUGCUCCCCUACAUCUCUACUGCUUACUAAACCCUGUCCUUAAGCCACAACCUAGGCCUGCGUCCCCCGAGCAAGCAAACGGAACAUAGCAAAGGGCCGACUUUUCCUCGCCGCCUAAGCAGCCAUUUGCUCACCUGACCGUGGUUCGUGAGUUUGAGCCGCCGCUCCUCGAACAGGAACCGUAGACAUUGAUACACACGGCUCAUCCGAAACGCUCGAUCUCCAAGAGCACCGAAUGGGGACGACAAGGGUGACGGCGCGAUACACCUGCUUCGAAAGGCAGAGGCGGAGGCUGAGCGUACCCACGACAUGCCUGACAUUGGCUAUCAUUCAAAUCUCUGCGUACCAGUCUCUUAAAGCCCAUCUCUUGGUCGAGGUUCUUUGCAAGGCCGUUGUCGCUCUGACAAUUGUUUGCUCGAUCAUCCCCGCUGUCUCUUCAGGCGUUUCCAGAGCAUCGCUCCUCGGAAUCCAUCGUCAGCUUCCUACUCAAAAGGAUACCAAAUUGGGAGGAGAAUUCGGCUCAAAGAAUUGCGCAACAUGAGCGUGGCUUACGAAACUCUGGCGUGAGGAAUGUGACAGUACAAUGCGACGCUGGACGCUGGAACAGGUAUUGUUGAGGAAGUCUGCCAAAAUGAGCGCAAGAAGGCCGAGCGUGAAUGCUCCUAUGAUGCAAACCUCUCCCUUGAGAUGUGAGCUGUGCCCGAGGAGAAGGGGUGCGUGGAAGGAGAGAAGACCGAUGCGAGGUGUCUUUUCUUCGGCGGUGGGG